UUACAAAAAAUAAAAGUUGUAAAAAUGGAGAAGAAGAAUGUGUUAGUGUUGUGUAUGAUCAUCUUGGUAUUGGUUAUCUCGUCUAUGAUGGUUGAGAGAGUUGAUUGUAGAGCUUUACGACCAAAGAGAGAUGUUAAAGGACAUGAUCAGUCUUCAACGACCAUGGAAGUGAAGAACAGUUCGACGAGACAAAGUACUUUGGGGAAGAGUUUUGCUUACCGGUUAGCGUCAGGGCCGAGCAGAAGAGGACGUGGUCACUGAUCAUCAACAAUUGUCACUUUUUUUAAAAAAAUUUUUUUUUUUGUCUUAGCCUUUUUGUUAG